AUGGCUCAAAUACCACGUUUAUCGGAGGAUGUUCUCUAUAUUAUUUCUGAAAAAUUACUUUUUAAAAAUCUUUAUUAUGGGUAUAUUGAUCUGCGAAGUAAAAAUAGUUUAAAUCCUUGUGCUCUUUUUAUGUAUCACAGUGCAAGAAAUAUGAGAGCGUUUCUUUCUCAUUUUUCAAAAAUGAAGGAACUUGAGCUUUCAACUUGUGGCAAUGAGUGUGUUAUUAAAUUUCACAAAGACGUUGAAUAUAUUGUGAAUCAUAGUCUAAUUCAUUAA